AUGGCUCAAGCAUUUAAGAGAUUUCUUCCCUUGUUUGAUCGAGUGCUCGUUGAAAGGUUUUUACCUGAGGUUAAAACCAAGGGAGGGAUAAUGCUUCCUGAGAAAGCACAAGGAAAAGUUGUUGAGGCUACAGUUGUUGCAAUCGGUCCUGGUGCACGGAAAGAUAGUGGCACUAUUGUUGCACCAAGUGUCAAAGUUGGGGACCGAGUAUUGCUUCCUGAGUAUGGUGGAACAAAAGUUGUCUUGGAAGAAAAGGAAUAUUUCUUAUUCAGAGAUGGUGACCUCCUUGGAAAGUUUGACAGUUAA